GUGUCGGCGUAGACAAACACGUCACGGGUUGUCCUGACUUCUCGGGGUUUCGUUAACUAUGGCAAAUAAGGAAGUCCAUGGCACAUAAGUUGCUCGCAAGACAACUUUGAAGCUUCUGAAAAGCAAACAAACUUGGAAAUUGCUUUUUUUCGAAGCUGGGAUUCAAGCGGUAAUCUAGGAAGUCAAAUGGCGCUUACUUGGAGCGACGCCGAGGUUCCGUUGACAUUAUUCUUGGAACGGUUCAAUCUGCCACAAAUUGUACAGAUUAGCGAAGGAGCGUAUGGAGCCACUGACGAAACAACACUGGGUCGAGGGCAGGAGCUCAAUCUUCACGCUCUAAAAGACACGCAAUAUUAUCUGGGAAUCACCGAUAUAGGGGAAGAGAUAUACAUCCCCUUAAACUCGCCCCACAAAGUCCAGGUUUUCGUGGAAAAGUGUUUGGAUGAUUGCAAUACUCCUAUGAGGGCAUGUUCAGUAUUUCCGAGUAAAUACGCAUACGUUCGCUUACCAAACGGCAAUGGAACAAAGGGAGACGAGGAGGGGGAAAAAUUGAAAGCAUUGUAUUUCGACAAGGAUAAGAUGAAGUUAAUCUGCCUGGACAGUCGCGGUUGUGAAGUCACUUUGGGUUUGGAUCAGUUGAGCGAACUCAUUGUUACAGAAAAGCACAAGGAUACUGUUUUCAUUGCUGAAGCACAUGACAAAUUUUCACUUCCUUUUACUGUGCAGUUUAUAAAGCAAAGCAGCUCGUCUGGGUACCUUCCAAGAGGUUUGAUACGGGUGAGGAAGAUUGUCUUAAAACAAACCGUCAUCGCAACGUCUCGUGACGUGGAAAGCCAGUCGAUAUUAACGUUUCCCAGCACGCUUGACGUGACUGUAUUCGCCCCGCUUGAGGCGACUGGCAGCCAUUCACAAUAUCGUAGUUUAUGUGAGGAUAUUAACAGCAAGAUGAAUCUGACAAAGGUGAAAGAAAACAUCGCGAAAAAUGAAGGGAUAUACGAUGACGUUGAAGCCGCCGUCACGGCUAUCCCAUAUGCAGAGUCAUUUUUCGGCAAACAACCCGCGGUCGAAGCUAGCCCCACCGAGGAGGAGGAUGAAGAUUAUCCCUUGGACGAUGGAGGAUAUAUUGAUAUGGAGUCCCUAUUCCAAAAGAAGGACGAAAAUGAUGAGGGGUACGAAAAACCAGCUGAAGGAACGUGUAAGCUAGAAAGCCCUGUUGGCGGGAAAAAAAGUAGCACGGUUCCCAGAAACCCGAAGACUCCUUUUAAUGCAAAGUUUUCUACGUUGCCCGUUACAUCACGUUCUCCUGGUUUGCCAAAAAAAGAUGCCGCUGACAGCACAAGCCCCAUAACGUCGCCCAAAGGUACUGGGAAAGGCAAAGUAAUCGGUUUCAUUCAAACACUAUCCAGGAAAUUAAGCGGUAGCUCAGGGCUGUCAUACUCUACAACACCUCCGGCAGACACCGAAAAACGUCAGGAAGAGGAUGAUUACAGUGACGAUAGCGAUGGUGAGGUUUAUGAAGCGCCACCAGUCCCUGUUCCCCCCAUUUCCCCUAUCGAUUACAACGACCGUUUUAAACAAACGCGCCAAAGGAUUAUCCAAUCUAGCCGCAAGACAGAGGAUUUGACUGUCCAUGAGGUCAAGACGUUACUGGAUGACCUAAACUUGGGACAGUAUAGCGAAGUUUUUGAGAAGGAACAAGUGGAUGGUAAAAUCUUAAAAGAGUUGGACAAGGAAAUCCUUCAGUCCCAUUUUAAGAUGACACCGUUUCAUGCUCACAAAUUGAUCAAAGCUAUCAGCGAAAACUGGCGACCCACGAUCACAGAUUGAAGGGGAACUACAAGAUUGCCGUUUAGGUUGGGACUUGUCAAGACAAUGAUGACAACACAAUAGGGACCUUAAGCAUGUAGGACGGCAACACGACCUUAAGCAUGUAGGACGGCAACACGACGACGACGUGGUUGGAAUACUCCUUUGAAUUAAUGUUAUGGCAAAGCGUUGUUCUAUAUUAUCAACUGUACCAAAUUAAUGAGAUAUAAGACGUUGAAAACAUCCUGUUUACGUUUAGGGACAAUUCUAUUGAGUCUAAUUCAGGGUAGCGCUCACUGAGUCCCGAAAUGCAGACGUUUUACAUAGGACGUAAUAAACGACGUUUUGCCGUUCUAAACCGAACUCAGAUCACGUCUAAAAUUCCCAUAGGUAUUUAAUAAUUCAUUUCUUCUCAAUUAAGCAUUGUAUUUAUAGCUGCCGUCGUCGUGUUCCCGUCCUAUAUGCUUAAGGUCCCUAACAGCAGAAGUAGAACGACAACAACACAAUAUUAACAACAGCAACACAACAACAACAAUAGCAACAACAACAACAACAACAACACAGCAACAACACACAACAUCACAACAAACACAAAAGCAACAUUCUAAACUUUGUGUCCGUGUUGCACAUUUCAUCUGUAUGUAAAUAUAAUUUCAUGAUCAAUAAUUCACAAGAAUAAUCACGAUACAUUUAGAGAAAUUUAGGCGCAAGCAUAUUAAGAUCUUUAGUCUCUCUUUAUAUCUAAUGGACGAUAAUUAUUAUUGUAGAUACGUCCAUUGUUUGUGUAUUUUCGUCCAAUGUAUACCAUUAAUCACAUUAAUCCGCUUGGUUCUUUAAAGAUUUCUCUAACUACAAUGUGCCUAAAUAUUCUUCGUUGGCGUAUAACGUCAUUAGGCACCGUCCUGGUUGAUUCCACAGUCGCUUCUGAUGAAUGUACCUGUUUUAAAAAUCAACCAAGCUGACGGUAAUUGUAAAAUUAUUGUACGUGCGCUUGUGCUAAUUUAAUGUAAAAAAAAUCGA